CAGAAUUCGGGUAGCACCCCAAUCAACACCGGCGUUUCUCUUAAUACUAGCUCCUCGCGACCACUGCGGAUUCGAACAAGCGCGCAUAUCUGGACAUGAUCAAGCUCGGUGGAAAGCCCGAGAUCGGCCAGCUUCCGCAACUCAAAGUCAAGUACGGAGAUGCAGCGAGGAUUGUGCUUCUGCUCAUUGUAGACGGCGCGGUGCCUGACGCAACCCAGUGGGAUUUCACAGGCAGAAUCGAUUGUGCCUGUGAGUUCGACAAGGGGGACCAUUUUGUCUCGUAUUAUAUCCAGUACUUGUCUGAGACUCCGGGGGCCAUCGUCCAGUGAGAGGGUGCGGGGAGAUCUCAAUCGCAUUGAAAGCAAAUUAUGAACGCGCUUUCUUCACGGAUGACUUGUCCAUAGUAUAUCUUGCCUGUCCCAGAUAGUAUUCGCUAUACAUAGUAAU